AUGAAUAACAUAAUAGCUUUCAACAUGAAUAAUUCAACAGAGACCUUAUUUACGAUGAAGAAAGUAGAUAGCUUCAUCAAUGAGUAUCUUGCUAAUGUUGACAGCGAUAAAGCUCUAACGGACAUUACUGUUGUCAAGAGCUUCGUAAAGACGAUACUUUCAAACGAAAGAGAUCAGGAUCAAUCUAUUGUUUUGAUUUUGAAAAUUCUAAGAGGGUAUACUAGGAAUUUUGACCUUUCGAAAGCUUCGACAGAGGUUAAAGGGUAUCUCAUCACCCUGGGUUUGAAAGUAUUGGAUAAUAUCAAUUAUGGAAAAGCACUGUCAACAACCACAAACCGUGAUUUGUUCAUGUUAAUGUUAACCCGAUAUUUUAGCUCUUGCAAUGAGUUUCAAGCUUGCAGACUUAAAGAGUCUUUUUUGAGAUUCAAAACUGCAUAUAAUGAUUAUAAAGUAUCAACAUUUCAGGUUUUCACGGUGAAUCAACUUUUUAAAAAUAGAAUGUUUUAUUCCAUUUGCGAAAUUGUUGGGCAAUUCCAUGUUGACGAAUAUGAUAUGGCUGAAGAGAAAUGCCUGAAUCUACAAUAUCCAUUAUAUAUGCACCAGGUUUCUCAUUCACUAAUAAUUGAUGGAUCAUAUGAGCAAGCUUCUAAAUUAUUGUCUAUUAUCUUAUCCUUGAGUUUUCUUACAUUCGAAAGAGUCACGUUUGAUUGCAUUUCGAUUGAAUAUAUGCUUCUCUCGAUGAUAUUAAACCGCUCAAGUAAUUAUGACUUCAUACCAUUGUUAAAGCUGAGAGAGAAGAUUCCCACAAAAAUAGUAGAUGUCUUUCAAAGUUUUCAUUCAUAUGACUUGGAAUCUUUUGUAUACAACUACCUUUUGUGCAUACACGAGGUUGGCUCCAACUCAUCCACAUCGCAUCUUUUAGAUGUCUUCACUACCUCUCGUAUGAUAGAAUUGUCGAAGCUACUACUAGAUAAUAGGUAUUUACAUUUGUCUACGAAGCUUUCAAAAUCAAGAUUGAGGACACAAGAGUUAUACACGAAUGACCUUAUCAGAACUUUAAACUCCAAAAUAUCAAGAUACAGCAUACAAUUGCCAAACUACAGCUUCAACCCGAUGAUCAAAGCUACUGGCGCAAAAUCGAUUCAACCCUUGAAAUACAUUGACGACUUAGCGCAUGCUAAUAGGGACCUAAAGCAUAUGAAUUCGUGA